UAGGAGACGUUCCCCCAGUCAGUUAAGAUCACCACUACCCUUGAGAUGUCCACGCAGUGGUGAAGACCUGCUGACCAUGUGGUCAACGCCAUAAUCGCUGGACAGUGUGUUAAGUGCUUGGACCCCGGGGCAAGUGGACCGUGUAGGGUGUGAGCCCCGUGAUCGUGCAGUUCGCUCUAUUGAUGUUGGGAGGGCGUGUUGGGUUACGUCAGUGCUACCCCCACAUACGGCUGAGAUCGCCGGGUAUAGAAAAUUGUGAUAGUUAGGAACGAACAUGGUUAACAUGCGGAGCUGGGGCCCCGAGGAAGAUCUUUCUCUUGAUGGAUUUGAAUUAUCGGAUGGCGAAAUAUCGGCUAUAAUGGAAAAUUUCAAAGACGAGAGAUCGAUCACUGACUUAAAAAAUGCCGCCAAGGACGUCCCCCCUGAUGACCCCGCGGCGUUCUUCGGUCACCCCCUCACGGCAGCAUCUACGGCCAUCAGCGGGGAAGAUUCUCACGCCAACGGUGCUGCUCUGUAUCACGAAUACAUGAACCUUGGCCCCAUAGUGCCAGUUGAAGGAAAGGGAGGAGAACCACUGUUCGAUAUGAGACCCGACAACAAGCGCGAUGACGAGGGUCUAAACGCCAGUUCGGAGAUCAUACUCGCCAACGAAUUCGACAAAUAUCUCCACAGUUGUGAGGCUGGAAGUGAAGCCGAUUUUCAGAAGACGAAAGACGGGGUACUCGUCAAAGUAGAGGCAGCCGAACCCAGCACGUGCAAAGAGCAGACGACACUUCGUCUGGACAUCGAGGCCGACCAGGAGGAGAUAGUGGACUCUACUACGUCACCCUGUGGUGACCAGACGACACCACUGCAAAAUGGCGACGAUUCAGUAAUGAUUAAUGACUGUGCGGUAAAGCUAGAGGCGACUUUUGACAGUAAUUCGUUUGAGGCUAAGGAUCUUACGUUGGGCAAUGAGCACCAGUCUUUACAUGACAAAGAGCCUGCUCUUCCCAACUGUCCGCCAUCAGGGCAUCAUGAUGAAUCUCCCCCCUUGCACCCUGCCCAGCACCAGUCAGAGGAGAAAACUAAUGAUGUAUCUAAAAAGGUUUGCCGUGCACUCAAUGAGAAACUAAAACGCAAACGACUCAGUCAACCUAGUGCUUCAUCAGCAGCAAGUCGCACAUUAGCCGAGCCAACAUCAACAGUCCAGACCUACAUAGACGACAGCCCCAGAACGUCAUCUCCAACAGCUACAACCAUGAACAAAGUGACAACGUUUGCCAACAUCAAGCAAGAAGGCUUCUUGGACCAACUUCAUAAUGAACUUCCACCUCCUUACGAAGCCUCAACUGUUCCGGUGAUUCCAAUGAACGCUAUGACAACAUGUGGGCCUUCAUCCUUGUCUCAGACAGGGCCGGUCAAUACAAACAUUGUUCAGUCUUCGGGACAAUAUUUCCAAGUGCUUCAGCCCAUGCAAACAGUCGAGCCGCUACCUUCCAUAAACAAUGUGUAUAAUUACCCAUCAUCAAACUAUACGUAUCCAACGUCGCCGUCCAGUGGUCUCGCGCUGGACGCUGAGAAACAGAACUCUCCAAUGUUGGAGCGUUAUGUCCAGCAACAGUUCGCCUACAAUAACCAAUACCAGCAAUACAUGACUAAUGGCAAUGAAAACUAUGGCAUGAAGUCACCAGACAGCGGCUACCAAGAACCUUGUCUGUCGCCUUCAAAUGGAACUCUUUGCGUGAAAGAUGCAAAUGGAAACUUUGAUGCGGCGGUCGUGAAAGAAAAGACGGCGACCAAGAAAAGGAAAUCUGUGCCCAUGUUCGUAAGGCAAUAUUCGAACCCGGACAAAGCCUGCAGUUCAACCUACAUACCUAAAGUAGAAAAGGAGAUCGCUGGAUACAAAUACUUCAUGGAGACGCCGACAUCUACCACACAACGUAUUGAGGAGGAUCGAGUUACAUAUUUAAACAAAGGUCAAUAUUAUGGUUUGACGUUUGAGUUCAAUCCCGCCUACACGCUUCCAAAGAGUGCUACAGUAAAGUCUGUCAUCAUGCUGGUUUUCCGAGAGGAGAAGGGUGCAGAGGAGGAAAAGCGAGCCUGGGACUUUUGGCAUGGCCGUCAGCAUAGUUACAAACAGAGAAUACUAGAUAUUGAUACAAAGAACAGUCAUGGUAUUUCUGCCAGCUCCAUUGAAGAGAUCUCCUGUAAUGCUGUUUGUGUUCGAUGGAAUCCAAGAGAGGCUCCAGUCAAGGUUGCUAUAGCAGUCCAUUGCCUCAGUACCGAUUUCAGUAAUCAAAAGGGUGUUAAGGGAAUCCCUCUUCACAUUCAGAUCGACACAUAUGAGAACAACAAAGAUUCCCAUCCUACCCACAGGGGCUACUGUCAGAUAAAGGUGUUUUGUGAUAAGGGUGCUGAAAGAAAAACGAGAGAUGAAGAGAGGCGGAAAAACGCACGUGGAAAGAUGGAAAAUGGAUCGCGGAAGAUCAAAGAGGAAGUGUAUCAUUCUGCCUGUGACCGGUCAGAGUUCUACUCCAUGGCUGACCUUGAAAGUAAUCCGUCCAUCUUUAACCCGUCGAAUGGCAUCGACUCUGAAGAUUUUUUUCAAAAGGGAAGUUCCAUCAUAUCAACUUCACACGACGAAGAUUGUUCUAGUCUGAGUGGAGGUGAUGAUUUAUCUCGCAGUGAUGAGUUCUACCCGCCCGCAAAGCGCCAAAGACGAACCUCUUGUAGUCAUUGCAUGGACAUGCCAAAGAUUUUGUUGUACGUUCGGGAACAACAAGAGAAUGUGUUCACGGCACUGUUACUACGACAGCCUACUAUGCUCGGCCUACUGAAAGCGAUCGAGGAGAAAUACCACAUACCACCUAAACAAGUCAAGAAUUUCUACAAGAAGUCAAAAGGAAUCUAUGUGAACAUGGACGACGACAUCGUCCGCCAUUACUCCCAUGAAUCAACAUUCAUCAUAGACAUAAACAAUGUGAGCGAGGAUCAGAAGGAGAUCAUUCUGGUCGAGAUUGACCCACAGUGACCGCGUGCGCACGUCACCACCACAUACCAAAGUGAAAUCAGUGAAAUGGACACUAAUGGUUUAGAGUUAUCUCCCCUGAAUCAAGAUGGCGGAAGUGUGUGGAGGCCAAUACGGGCCACGUGACAUGUCUCAGACUUUUAAGCGGAUAUCGGCGGCAGCAGCAAUAUUAAGAAAGCUAGUCAUGACAGUUUGGACGUAGACAGAGACGUCAAAGAAAUGACGUAUAUAUGAGACACUUACUCUUACAGAAGGAUAGCAUAUCAUCAAAAGCGCCUCCAUUUGAACCCUAUCUCCGGCCAUAUUGAAAUGUGUAUCUAUGUAGAUUUUUCUCUAUGUUGUCAUUGUAUUGUGAGAGGUACGUUUUCAUAGCAAGGAGCACAAGAUCCAAACUUUUCCUACCCAAAUUCACAAUGUGCUAUUAUGUACUUUAAAGCGUGAUCUGCAGUAACUGCUGACGGACCUACGAUAAUGGUCCGGAUUUUCAUAUGUUUUUAGACGUAUUUUAUUAUUAUAUUAUGUGACCCUUGUUAACCUUCCAUUUUUGAGAAUUUUAUAUAUUUAAAAUAUACAUUACACCACCGAUUGAAAAUGCAUAGUUGUACAUAACCUAUUGUAAAUAGAUGUAGAAAUACGAAAACAUAUGUAUAUUAUUACAUUGAUAUAUAUGCUAUCACUAAAAGUGCCAUCAGAUCUCGCUACGCAAAAACGUAAUUUUCCUUUACAGAAAAAAUGGUAAAUUUGACAUUUCUUACAGAAAUUCACUUCUUUUCUUACCAUGGCUACUACCAUGAAAAGGUACAUUUUUGCGCGGUGUUCAUAUACGUAUGCAUAUCAUGACAACCAUAUCGCUCGAAGCAGCAGGGUAUUGUUAGAGCUACAUAUAUUUAUAUUUCUCAAUUAUAGUCUUUACUGAAACCUGUGAGGCAUAGACAGAAUUCACCAUGACAAAGAAAACGUAAUUUUGUUAACGGUUUUUCUUAUCUCCCGGGCAUUACUCAAUUAGAUAUUUUGAACCGUAUGUAAAUAAACAAAAAACAAAUUAAGAAAACUAUGUUGAAUUAUUACAUAUAUGAUUGGACAUGCAUAUAUAUUGUUUCAAUAAUUUCUUUUUAAAUUAUAGUUUUUUAUUUUAUGAAAAACCGCUUCCUCUUUAUUUUAAAUAAAUUAUAUAUGUACAUAGAAAUAUAUGGGUUUUUUCAAACUUUCAUUCCACAGUAAGAUAGGAUUUUUUAAGAACUAUUUAAGAAUAGAUGUAGAAAUACACUGUUUCAUUUUUUAAAUUUAAAUCCGCUUUUUAUUUUAAACAUUUCGUAUGAACACUUGUUUUAAAAUGAUAUGAACCGUAUUUUAUGAAAUAUAGGUCAUGUUUUCUGUAAUCCCAAAUCUGUGUUACUGCAAGAAGAUUUUAUGUCUCUGAUAUUAAGGCCGGCCCAGUAAAGGCUGGGCCCCAUGACGUCUCCUCUAUUGAUCUCAUAUAGUGUAUGCUGAACCAUAUUAUCAUAUCAUCAUAGUAAUGACGCAUAUAGUCAUAGGUUCAGAUAUAUAUUAUGUCUUUGAUACUGAUAUGCCCUCGUGUAAACAGUGUUGUGAAAUGAUUAUGUAUAUGAAAAUGUUUAGUACUUUAUUUUUAAACAAUAAAGUAUAUGUAUAAGAA